AGGCCGAUGCCCAAUGUCCCAGGAAGCGUGGGGGCGAUUCCCGAUCACUUGAUCGCGAAUCGCGAUGCCACCAUCGAGACUGGGCCCGAACGAGAAACGCCCGUGGCGAUCGUUGGCUGACCCCAUGGGGUAAGUUUCUUUUGGCGACACGCGACCGGAGAAAACCCCUGGACAUCAGGAUCUCCAACGGGGCGGUAGAAGGCUGACAUCAGCCUCGUACUGUGCGUGAACCAAGCGGAGGACCAAACCCCUCCUGAUUGCCGAGCUUGUCUCACCAGUCUGAGACGUCAAGGCUUCCAGAUAUUUCGGGCAGAUUCGUCCAAAAUACCUUUGACUGAAUCGUCCAGCAAGUUUUUUCCUUGCGCUCUUCCUGUUCCCCCGAUUCUUAUCAACCAGAAGAGUCGAAGCAUUCAAAGCUGCUCAUUCCACCACAACCUCUGGGGUACUUUGGCUGCUUUGUUCCUUAUUGAAAAGCCGUUGUAUCCCCUAUUUCGAGCUCAUCAGCAUGGCAAAGCCAUCGAGUCCCGAGGACCCGUUCGGAUCGACGCUGGUGUCCACCUCGCACAACGAUACGUACCCCUACAUUGACCCGAUCAAGGGCAACAUGACGGGGGCCAAGGUCCUGGUCACGGGGGCAUCCAAGGGCAUCGGCCGCGCGACUGUCAAGUCGUACGCCCGCGCCGGCGCGUCGUCGAUUGCACUGCUGGCUCGUUCCAACCUCGACACGGUCGCCGACGAGGUCGCUCAGGCCGCCAAAGAGGCCGGUCGUCCGGCCCCACAGAUCCUCAAGCUGCAAGCCGAUAUGGCUGAUGCAGCAGCGGUGCAAACGGCCAUCGACAUAGUCAAGCGCGAAUUCCGGACCUUGGACGUGGUGGUCAACAAUGCGUCUCGGCUGGAAAGGUUCAAGCCCUGGGCCGAAACACAUGUCGACGACUGGUGGAAGACCUGGGAGUUGAACAUUAAGGGUACCUAUCUUGUCAACCGGGCUACGCUGCCGUUGCUGCUUGCAGGGGAUCUCAAGACCUUGUUGACAAUAUCCAGCGCCGGCGCCAUGAUUGCCUCUCCAGGUGCCAGCGCUUAUCAGGGCUCAAAAUUGGCGCAGAUCAAGCUGAACGAGUUUCUCAUGUCAGAAUAUGGCGGCCAGGGCCUGAUUGCUUUUGCGAUCCACCCGGUUGGCGCAAAGACCGAGACUGCAUUGAAUAUGCCCGAGGAAAUGCACUUUUAUCUGACCCAGACCCCUGAGUUGGCCGCCGACACGAUCGUAUGGAUGACGCGGGAGAGGAGAGAAUGGCUUGCGGGUCGUUUCGUCUAUGGGCCCCUGGACAUGGAGGAGUUGUUGGCCAAAAAGGAUGAGAUUGUGGCGAAUGACCUGUUGAAGAUGAAGUUGACUGUAUAG